UUUGCACAGUCGCAGUGCGGUCACUCUGAUGGACGUGUUUUCUACAGCGGAUCAAAAAUAAAUUACUACAAAACCAAAUCACAAACGCUAAGGAUCGGCGAGCUCGAAUUCGAAUCAGUCCACCGGUCGACCGACGGACUUUAACUGCGCGCCUAGCCUAACCGUAGGUUAAGUUACCGCUCAUUCGCUGCACACACUGCAGUUGCAUAACCAGCCGUUGCCGAAAAGUUGCAAAAUCGCAGCCCAGCGAAAGCCCACAAAGUUCAAAGGACAAUAGAAAGUGGCAAGUGGCAGUGGCAAGAGGAAGAGGAGUACGUGCUCAGCGGGUCAGGAGCCCCUCCCCCUGGGGCCUCAGCCGCCCAACCCCCGUUCCCCUCGCGCCCCCCGCCCACAACGUGCCUUCAAAACACAGUGCGUUCCCCCAAGAAAACCAAGUGCGCGUCCACUGCUACCCAGUAACUCCAAGUAACCAACUCCCCAGUCCGUCGAAGGAGGAGGAGGAGGAGGAGCAGCUUCCGGAACUGGGCAGGCAGCCAAGAUGGCCCAGAACACGGCCGACACCCUCAUCCACCUGAUCGCCGGCGGAUCCGCUGGCACAGUGGGUGCCGUGGUCACAUGCCCCCUGGAGGUGGUGAAGACGCGUCUGCAGAGCUCCACGGCGUUCAUGACGCCGUCCCGGCUGGCGGAGAACGCCGGUGGACCGGCGAAUGGUGGCCAAUCGGAGCUGCUGCGGCCGGAACAACGACGUAAGCUAAGCACAACGAUAUUACGUAACAGAUCACAGCCACAGGUGAUUGGGGGUGUGCGUAGGAUCAUGGCCAUUUCACACUGCGGCAUCUCAUCCACAACGCCCAAAUCCAUCAGCAUCGUGCAGUGCCUGCGGCAUAUUGUCCGGAACGAGGGUACACGCGCCCUGUUCAAGGGUCUGGGUCCGAAUCUCGUGGGCGUGGCCCCAUCCCGUGCCAUUUACUUCUGCACCUACUCGCAAACCAAAAACACGCUCAACAGUCUGGGCUUUGUUGAACGUGACUCGCCACUGGUGCACAUCAUGAGUGCAGCCAGCGCCGGCUUCGUCUCCUCCACGGCCACCAAUCCCAUUUGGUUUGUGAAGACGCGGAUGCAGCUAGACUACAACUCCAAGGUGCAGAUGACCGUGCGGCAGUGCAUCGAGCGGGUCUACGCCCAAGGCGGCGUGGCGGCCUUCUACAAGGGCAUCACGGCCAGCUACUUCGGCAUCUGCGAGACCAUGGUUCACUUUGUCAUCUACGAGUUCAUCAAGUCGAAGUUGCUGGAGCAGCGGAAUCAGCGGCAUACGGACACCAAGGGCUCCCGCGACUUCCUGGAAUUCAUGAUGGCUGGCGCUGUUUCCAAGACAAUCGCCUCCUGCAUCGCCUACCCCCAUGAAGUGGCUCGCACGCGUCUGCGGGAGGAGGGCAACAAGUACAACUCCUUCUGGCAGACCUUGCACACUGUUUGGAAGGAGGAGGGCAGGCCAGGACUCUACAGGGGCUUGGCCACGCAGCUGGUGCGACAGAUCCCCAACACGGCGAUCAUGAUGGCCACCUACGAGGCGGUCGUCUACGUGCUCACGCGGCGCUUCAACAACAAAUCGAACGAGUUCUACGACUUUUAGAUGCCUUUCAAAGGACUGGUUGACGAAAAUGAGCAGGAGGAGGAGGAGGAGGAGGAGGAACCCAAUCUGUGCAUAUGUAGACGCGACUGCUGCAACUUAAUUGUAAUUGUACCCCGUUUUUAGACGAUCCAAACCAACGAGCGCAAAUUCUUAGUUAACUAGCUUCUAAGUCAGAUGUGAAACGAACUCGAUAGACUUAAGACGUUAGACGUUGAGCGUUGGCCAACAAUGCGAGGAGAUGAGAAACACGCACCAGGAUCGAAAGCAGGAUUGCACCAACCAAACUUAAACCCAUUUUGCUGUAGCAUACGGCAAACAGAACAGAAGGAUCUGGCUUGCCGCUGCAAGGGAAACGUUAUCAAAAUUCAAAAAGGCUGCUAUUUAGUUAAAGUUACAAUAUAUAUUGAGUGUAUAAAUGUGGUUGAUACUUGGAUACUUGAUGUAGUGUAAAUAGGACUCGCUCGAUUCGCUCAGAGUGUGUUGUAAAUAUAAAAGGAGUGAGUCCACUGGCGUUGCAAUACGGCCCUAGUUUUCUUAGUUGUAAGCACAAAAUGUUGAAUCGAACGCAGUUGCCAUUAGAUGCCGCUAUAUAUAUGGAUACAAAACCGACCGAUCCGAUACGUACUCUAGCCUUAAUUUGUAAAAGUUUGCGUUAAGUUUCCUCAAGUGCGAUAUACUAUUUAGUUACCAUUACUCUACCAUUACUUUAACUCUAUUAUUAUCAUCAUUGCUGUUUGUUUAGUCCAUUAGUUAGCUAGUUAGCGAGCUCCAUAGUUAGUGAGAGCCACACUUCCCCCAAAAACGUAUUUCACUGAUAACUAAGGAAACCACUGUGAAUAAUUGAUUGCAAUCCGUUUGAUGGUGAAAUCAAUAAAUACAACAACUUUGUUUAAAAAUA